AAAAACGCUUACAGCUUCUUCUUUUUCUCCCCUCACCUCAGCGUAAGAACAAACUAAAUUAAACAGCCGUUUCCAUCUUCUCCGCGGCCUCACCGAUUUCUCGCCGAACUUUUCUCACCUCUCUCCCUGGCUAUAGCUUCAUACAAUUGUUAAUCUGCCAAUUUCCCCCAAUUUAGAAUUCUUCAGUAGCGAGAUUAGCGCACACAGCUCCUCACCGAAUCUAGGAGACUCCAAAUAAUAUCGUCACUAUAUAUACUGAUGAAGAUCGACAUUAGGGUUCAUACUCUCGCCGCACGAGUAGACGAGAUUUCAUCCACAUCAACCCAGGUUUGCGAACACAAAUCCUUCCGUGCCCAAGUAGCAGAGUGUUGCUAUUGAUGAUGAUGCCAAAACAGUACUGAAAAUGUUGAUGAUGCCCCUUACUUUGCUGUAAUGGGACCCCAGGAUGCCUCUGUUACAGCUGGAGGAACAGUGAGUGCCCCUGAACAUGAGACUACUGGUGUCCCUAAUGUUCUUGCUGCUCUUUUAAUCCCUUGUGCCCCUGCUAAUGUUGAUUGUGUCCCUGUUAGUGAUGUAAUUACAGUUGCUACCUCAGUUGCUAUCUUUCCUGUUUUGAAUUCUUUUUUACAACAUAGAGGUGAUAUCACUUGCUUGAUUCAUGAGUUUUCUUACUGCUAAUGUGGCCGCCGUGAAAUUCUCUUUUAAGAGGCAUUACAUGUCCUAAUAUAGUCUUUCUUUUUUAGCCUAUUGUUCUCUUAGGUAGUAAAUAGAAGUUUGAGAAAUCAAUUACUCUAGGCAUAUGUGGAGUCGUGGAUCUUUGUAAAUACCAUCCAGCUCAUGUCUUCUUAGAAGCUUAUACUUUUCACAUUUAUAUUCCUCUAAUAUAUGCUCCUUUGGCACCUUUCUUAUUGUCCUUUUCUUUUAGUAAUGACUUUUGUGCUCAAGAAUCUUAAACCAAAGACUAUUGGUGUAAAGUUACACUUUUAAAAUUUCCAGCACUGUUUUUAAAACCAGAGGAAUUCUUUUUAUUGAACUAUGAGAAAUCAAGUUUGGCUAAGUCAAUGGGACGGAGGGAGUAUCAUAUUUCUAAAUAGAGAACUACUUAUAGUCAAUAUGUUUGGCCUAAUAUGAUUCUUUGUGUUUAACCUAUUCCGUUUUGUUAUACAUGUUCAUUAGUCCCAUCAAUAUGGCACGUAAAAUAAAUGCAAUUGAAGAGAUCAAUGACAGCAAAGAGACAUGGAAGAUUGCAGUCAGAGUCAUCUCACUUUGUUCUGUCCAGACUCCCUCAAAGUUCAUUGAAAUGAUUCUAAUGGACGCAAAGAGAUAUAAGAUACAGGCGGUAGCAAGAAAUGCAGAGGUGCUAACCUGGAAGCCGAAGGUCAAAGAAAAUGAAACAUAUGUGAUGCAAAACUUCAAAGUACUGUGCAAUGAAGGAGAGUUCAAGGCAUGUGAUCAUCCAUUCAAGCUCCAGAUCACAAGUGGCACAACAUGCAAACAUCAAGAACUAGCUGAUAUACCCAAAGAUUACUAUAGCUUUAAAAACUUCAGUGAGAUAUUAAGUGGUAAUCUCCGUACUGAUGUUUUGAUUGAUGUGAUUGGAGCUUUCCAUGAUAUUGUGCGUUCUGACAAUAGUGCUCCGUUGAAAAAAGCAUCAUUUUGGAUGAAAGAUCUCAGUGGUGAUAUGAUCAUGUGCACUUUAUGGCAAGACUAUGCUUCGAAGUUCUUGGAGUUUCAUGAGAAUCAUAAAUCUGAGCUAAUUGUUGUCAUAUUGACACAGGCAAAAAUCAAAGAACCCGAAGGAAAAAAUCCCAUGUUCAUUCAAAAUAGUAAGUUCGGAUCUAAAUUGCUCAUUAAUGAGGACAUUGUGGAUAUCCAGAAAUUCAAAGACAGCUAUUGCUCAGUUCAAGCAAACGAAGGACCCAGUCAGAGUCAGAGUCAACUCUCAAAUUCAAAAUUUACUGAGCAAGACAAGCUAACCUAUAAAGCCAGUGUUAUGAGUCUUUCUGAUAUCAAUGGCCUUACAGAGGAAACAACGUGUGUCACAAUUGGCACAAUUGCAAAGUUUGUAGUUGGUAAAAGUGGCUGGAGCUAUGAAGCUUGCUCUGCGUGCACUAAAAAGGCCGAACCACACAUUAAUUCCUUCACAUGUAAAUGUGGAAAAUGUAAUGAGAAGACUACUCUAAGGUAUAGAUUAGAAGUCAUGGUGUAUAAUAAUAAAGACUCCACUAGGUGUGUGCUAUGGGAUCAAGAGUGUGUCCAAAUCAUUGGGAGGACAGCUAGCGAGCUUAAAAAUGAAUUGCUUGAAGAGGGAGAAGAUGAUCCAUUGGCUUAUCCGGAAGCACUAGAUGAAUUACUGGGAAGAACUAUGGCAUUUAGAUUGAAGAUGCAACCAACUUACAAUGCUGCAUCAGUACUUAAGGUGUCUGAGGAUGUAGGGAUCAUAAAGUUCAUAACUGAGCAACUUCAUAUGUAUGAGGAAAAGACCAAUCACGCUAAUGGAGAGCCUGUUCUUGAAGACCAUGUUCAGUGUGAAAGUCAAUCUGUGUCCGCUACAGCCAAUUAUGACCCUAAUGACUCAUCACCUUCUGUUACACCUUGCAAAAGAUCAACGGAGAAGCAGUUUGAUGACCUCCAUCCACAUGAUAAAGCUACACAAUUUUCAGCAACAAAGAUUCAAAAGCGUAUAAAAAAGGAGUAAAAAAUAAGUUCACCGGAUGGGGAUGAGAACAUUACGACAUUACCUAUUGCUUUCUUCUUAAAUUAAGUCUUUCUUUUAGAGUUGGUUGACAAUAAAUUAUGAAGUCACAAUAUUUUUUAUAUUGAUUUAUUAUACUUUUACUUAUACCUUGGUUUUUGAUAACUCAGAAUCAAGAUUCAUAUUUAGUUUAUUUUUGUGCUUAGCAUCCCUGCACACAUCUUAAGAUGAGCA